CUUUGUGCUUGCAGUUCAAACCUCUCCCUCUCUCUUUCUGUGUAUCGUGUUUUCUAAGUUUGAUUCCAAAACCCUCUUUUGCUCUUCAAGUCUUCUCUCCCCUAUUGACCAUUUUGAUCCUCUUCUUCAACCAUAACCAUGCCCUCCUCUUCCACACUCCAUUUCUGAUCCCAUACCCACAUGGGUCUUUCACCUUUUGCUGCCACAACCUCGGUUUCUUCAUUUGAUUCUACUCCAAAGUGCAAGGGCAAGUGCAAAAUUUUGUUCUUUUGCUACAACUAGAAGUGGGUUUUGGCUGGCUUCUUCAAUCAAGGCCAUCAUAGUUGUAUUAUGAUGGCUGCUUCCAAGAAACCCCGCCUUAAAGUUGUGGCUUUGCGCCGUCUGUUAUCUGUGGUGUUUAUUACUUUAUGUGGGGUUUUGCUACUGAUAUUUCUCCUUGGAUCAAAUUCAACAUCAACCAUUGGGGCUCAGGAUUUUGACAAUGUUGAUGAUGGUUCUGGAUAUCAUCAUGACUUGAAGCUUACAAACUUGCAUAGCCUCCCUCAACAGAAUGACUUGUCACUUAAAUUGGAAAAGCUAAAUGGGUUGCCUCCAAGAAACUUGGAUUUGUAUCCAACUCUUGCCAAGGACCCUAUCAUUGUUGUUCUGUAUGUUCACAACCGGCCUCAGUAUCUGAAAGUAGUUGUUAAGAGCCUUUCCCAGGUGGUAGGGAUUAAUGAGACUUUACUUAUUGUUAGUCAUGAUGGGUACUUUGAGGAUAUGAACAAGAUCAUUGAUGGUAUCAGAUUUUGCCAAGUUAAACAGAUAUAUGCUCCCUAUUCGCCUCAUCUGUUUUCUAAUCGGUUUCCUGGGGUCUCGGCUACUGACUGCAAGGACAAAGAUAAUGCCGAAGAAAAACAUUGCGAGGGGAAUCCUGAUCAGUAUGGAAACCACCGCUCACCAAAGAUUGUAUCGUUGAAGCAUCAUUGGUGGUGGAUGAUGAACACUAUAUGGGAUGGAUUGAGAGAGACAGGAGAGCAUUCUGGACAUAUUCUUUUCAUUGAAGAAGAUCACUUCAUAUUUCCCAAUGCAUAUCGCAAUCUGCAGAUCCUAACUUCAUUGAAGCCUAAAAAAUGCCCUAAUUGUUAUGCUGCUAAUUUAGCACCUUCUGAUGUGAAGUCAAGAGGUGAAGGUUGGGCGAGUUUAAUUGCGGAGAGAAUGGGAAAUGUUGGUUACUCUUUCAAUCGAACUGUUUGGAGGAAAAUUCACAAUAAAGCUAGAGAAUUUUGUUUCUUUGAUGACUAUAAUUGGGAUAUCACAAUGUGGGCAACUGUUUAUCCCUCAUUUGGUAGUCCUGUUUACUCAUUACGAGGUCCUAUGACUAGUGCCGUUCACUUUGGGAAAUGUGGUUUGCAUCAGGGUCAGGGGGAGAAUAAGGCUUGCAUUGAUAAUGGCAUGGUGAACAUUGAUGUAGGAGAGCUUGACAGGGUUUCUAAUAUUGUAUCAGAUUGGGAAGUCCACAUCUUUAAAAACCAGCCUGGUUAUAAAGCUGGGUUUAAGGGUUGGGGAGGCUGGGGAGAUAAUCGAGACCGCCGUUUAUGCUUGAGUUUUGCCAACAUGUAUCACUCCAUAGGAACUACAUCUCCUUGGUAAGGGCUAAGUUUCUGGCUGUUUCUUCCUCUCUUUUUCUUCUUCUCUCUCUCAAUUUUUUUUUUUCUUUUUUUUUGGUUUAUUAUAUCACAGUUUGAGUAGAUUAGAUUCUUCAAUACAGGAAUUCAUAUUAGUCCUUUACAAAUGGUGUUAGGGUUCAUAAUUACUUUGAUAACUACCUCGUAAUCUUAUGUACUGGUUGUAACACUGAAUGGAUAUUCAACUUGGUUAUUUCCCCAUGAAGGGAGCUUUUGUAUUAUGUGAACUGAUCUCUCUCUCCAUGUGCUCUUUCAUAAAGCUUAGGGUGUGGGAGACUGCUUUAUAGGAGCCUUUGAGACCGUAAAUUUUCUUUAUUUAUGUUUU